AUGGGCAUUUGCGCUUCUUGCCUGGGUCGGAGCGCCCGGGAUAGUCAUGAUUCUGAAUCAUCGCGACUUCUUGACGAUGACCUGUACCAGUCAGGCUAUGGAUAUGGGGCUGUUGGGUCAGUUCAUCGCCAGGGUCCCGAUCCCGAAUACUUGAAACGGGAGAGGGAAGUUUUAGAGGCAAUAUGCCAGCGAACAUCAGAUUCUGUAAUUGAUAUCUGGGCUAUACAAAGCUCCCAGCUGCCCGGACAUACCUCUUCCUCCAUAAAUACAACAACCGCAUCUUCAUCGCGAGCACCGAGCCACGAGAUUGCCACAUCGGCAACAACGGAAGAGCCACAGUCUCCGACACAAGAGCAGAAAACAGAGAGCCAGGUAGAUAGCAUUAGACGGGCCGCAUCACCAGCUCCAGGAGAGUUUGGGAGAUUGCGCUACGCGACACUGCCCCCUUCCAGGAACACCAAUGUCUCAACCCUGCCAAAGCAAUGGGGAGAAGUUGUUAUGACGACGAGGAGGGGUAAAAAAACCAGGUCUGGUUUAGAUACUCAGAACGGAAAACAUGAAUUCAAGGAUAUAUUUGCUCCUUUAGUCGUUGAUUGA